AGUAAGAAAGAUAUAAAAAAGCCUCGUCAUUUUCAACAUUCUUACAAUAAUGUUUGGGGAAAUGAAUUCAAAGAAAGGGGCGUAGGAUCUAAUAAUAAUAAUCACAAUAGAAGAUAUAAUGGUGGAAUUUCAACAGAAAUUUCAGGUGGUAUGUAUGUGGAACUUGAUAAUAUUCAAGACGAUGAUAUAGGAUAUAGAAACCUUAGCAAAGAUGUUUCUCAACAAAUUUUUAAAAUUACUAAUAAUGUGGCCUCAAUACAAAAACUUGUUGGUUAUUUGGGAACAUCUAAAGAUACUCAAGAUGUAAGGAGUAAAUUGUAA